UCUGUCUCAUUCCUCAAUUAUUACACUUUUUUAGCUUUUAUUUUGUUUAGAUAAGCACUUGUUCUCAAGAUACGAUUGCUCCAGAAAUCGAGGAGCAAGCCUUCCAAAUAUGCAUCCUUUACUACUGCUUGUUCAAUUUCGAAGGCUUUUCUUAUUUUCUCUUCUUCCUUUUUGCUUGCUAUUUUUAAUGUUGCUUCGAUCUGUUUCAUUCCUCAAUUAUUACAAAUUUUUUGGCCUCAUUUUGUUUAGAUUGAUCCAUAUAUCAUGGAGAUAGGGACAUCGUCGACUGCUGCACCACUAACGAGUAGUCCUUCACAAGUGAUUGACACUUGUGCUCCACAAAUGACUGAUCAAUAUUCUGUCGACAUUCACCCGGCGAUGAAUAUUCCUAAUCAAACUUGUGCUGCUCAAUAUUCUGACGACAUGAGUAUUGAAGACUUUAUGGUUUCUGAGAGUGCUCAACAAACCAUUGAGCCACAUCUCAUGGAGGACUUGUCGACUGCUGCACCACUAAUGAGUAGUGCUCCACAAACGAUUCAGGGUUGUGCUCCACAAAUGAUUGCUCAAGAUUCUGACAUUCACCCGCCGGUAACUAAAGACAUAGAAGAACUUAUUCAAGAUUGCGGAGAUGGUCGUUUGUCACAGCAUCGUUGUAUCUACAGGGUGCCCAGUAAGCUCCGUGAUCUUAAACAAAAUGCUUACACUCCAAAAGUUGUUUCCUUUGGCCCCUUUCAUUGUCGCAAUGAGGGGCUGCAGGACAUGCAAAGGCAUAAACAUAUAUUGUUGAAAAGAUUUAUGCAAAGAACCAAGUCAAGUUGUUGCAAAUUGGUUGAAUUUGUACAAAAGUUAGAGCCAUGAGUCCGUGCUUCUUAUUCAGAGACCUUAAACCUUACUGAAAAAGAACUUGUGAAACUGACAUUAAUGGAUGCCG